AUGCUCAAAUUAGCAGCCUUCGCCUUGCUUACUACUGUAGCAUUGUCAUCAACUAAAACCUUGAGUUUGGACUAUGGAAGCCUGCUGAAUGGAGCUGAUUCCUUGUUGGACGACUUUCCUGGCCUCGCCGAUAACACCAAGAACACCUUGAAGUUGGCCAAAAAAGUGAAUCAGAAGCUGAAUUCAAGUGACAAACUAGACUUUAGCCGUUUCUUCAAGUUUAUUGCUGAGUAUGUUCGGUAUUUCCUCUAAAUUACUCAAAAUAACAUUGUAUUUGACCAAUAUUAUAAUUUCAAACUAUAGUAGUUUAGGUUUAAAUUAUUACAUAAAUAUUGUUUUAGCCAUGGCCGUGACUACUCUGAUGAGUCCACUCUUCGUACUCGCUUCUCCCACUUCCAGGACACCCUCCAGCAGAUCAGCCAACUCAACUCUCAACACAAACAUGCCACUUUUGGCAUCAACAAGUUCUCUGAUUUGUCUCCAGAAGAGUUCCUGAACCAGUCGGCUGGCACUAAGCCUGCCAAUGUCACAAAUGGCAUCCCGUACUGGACCCCUGAAGUACUCGCGAGCUAAACGGUCCACUUCUGGAUGUAACUCUCCCUCCACCUUCGACUGGAGAGAUGAAGGUGCCUACACUGAGGUCAAGGACCAGGGAUCCUGUGGUGACUCCUACGUCUUUUCUUCCAUCGCUGCUGUCGAAGCCGUCUACAUUAUUGCCAACAACAUCAGCCAAGAGCUGAGUGAACAACAGACUCUGUCCUGUAACCCGGAUUCUGGAAACUACGGAUGCGACGGUGGAGUCGUCUCCUGGACUCUGGAUGCCAUUAUUUCUGCUGGGGUGGACUACGAAGAGGACUAUCCCUAUACCAACGGUAACUCAACUGUAGCAGAAGCUUGUAUCGAAGGCAAAGCACGAUACCAGAGAAUCAGUACUUACACUUACACAACUCAGUACGAUGAAGUUGAACUAGUCAACGCUGUCUACAAACUCGGCCCAGCUAUUGUUGGUAAGGGCUCAAAUAGUAAUUAAAAUAGUAUUAAAAAAUUAAUAAGCUACUAUUAUCAUGUUACUAUAAUAUUUUCAGUAAUUGACGCUACCAACCUUCAAAGUUACCAAUCAGGGGUCUUGGAGCCAGUAGAACCCGAAGCCGGCUGGACUAUCAACCACGGUGUGACUAUCUUUGGGUACGGUGAAGACGACGACGUGCCGUUCUGGUCAAUCAAGAACUCGUGGGGCGCUGACUGGGGAGAGUCUGGCUACUUCAGACUUCUUCGUGGUAACAACUCCUUGGACGUGGCUUGGCAACCCAUUAUCCCGAUUGUCUAA